AUGUUCAUACCAGCGUUUCUGUUUCUGUCUGCUCUUUUGUUUUAUAUUUACACUUAUCCCGUUGGUUUUUCAUUUUUUUUCUCAACUGUUCACUACAGUUUUUCGCUCAGCAAGCUAUGAAUGAAAAAGGUGAUUCAGAAGCGCAGAACAACAACACCCGGAUCCAGACAAAAUACGACCAGAUCGACGCAAAACGGGGACACAACGAGGUACAAGCUUCUAUUUAUUUUUGGAAGUUUUGAUUACCCAUUCACCACCAGCUUUUUGAAAACUUGUUGUCAGCGAAAUAGUGGGUAAAAUAAGAUAGACUACAGAAACCUAAACUUUUUGAAAACUGCGACGUCAGAUGAAUCGAGUGAAUGAAGAUUUGAAACGGUUCAAAAGUUCAGAAACAAAAGUUCUACCAGCGAACUUCAGCUUCGGAUAGAAUCUCAAAAAUGAUCAAUUUUUCAAAUAAUUUCUUGGCACUCCACUCUCUCACUAGUUCCGAAAUAUUAGUGAAAACUAACAGAUCCUUUGAUCUUCGACUGGAACCAGUGGCGAAAAACUAAUUAAAUUCAACGGAUUUUAGGCCAACAUUGAAGUCUACAACGGCUGUCACCGAACCCACGGCUGUCAGUGAAUUUCUUCCUAAACAAGAAAAAAAGAAGAAAAUUCAGACGGAGCCUCCAACAAACGAGCCAACAGAGACGCCAGUCGCCAGCUCAUUGACGAGUUCCUCUUCUGAUUCCUCGCAGAACAGUUAAAAAUCCAAUCAGAACUUCUACCAAGUAUUUCAAGGAUUUGAAAGUUCUGUAGUGAGCGCUCAAGAGUUCUAGGAGCUAUUCGAGUGUUCCUGACUCUUUUAAUCAUCAUCUCUACAAGGAUUACUGAAAAAUUUUCGAAGUUACCUGAGAUACCUCAAACUACUAUAGGGAACACUCUGGCCCUCUGAGAACCCACCAAGAAGCAUUUUCAGGUUAUACUGAAGUGCCAGGUUUAGAAAGACUAAAAAAUUCAAAAAAAAAAAAUCAACCUCAGAAACUUCCUUGUGUUCUCUUCUUAUAAAUCGAAAAAUCUCAGGCUCGCCGACUUGCGUGAUCGACUCGGCGGCUUUCAUCAGUGCCAUGGAGCGCAACAUCCGAGGCCGAUAG